AUGUUCAAUGUCUCGCCACAACCUGGUCUUCAGCCUAUUCACAUCGGUCUUGCCCUUUCUGGGGCCGUGUUUUUGCCUGUCUGUGCCCUGCUAGCGUCCUGGUUCAUGCGUUCUCGGCGUCGGCCAAAGAAUGACAUCGAAAAUAAGGGCCAGGAAGAUCAUCGUAAGAAGAAGUCUCAGUGGGCCCUUCCCCGCGUCUGGCGCAAGAAGCGUAAGGAGUCCCCGAAAUCCGUGCCCAGGCCUGCUGUCACUGUGACAAUACAAGCCAGAGCUGGACCGGUCUCCUCGCCGUCUGCUAGGUCACCUCCGCCUUCUUCUCCUGGUGCUCGUGAUCCUUCGUCGCAAUCUCGUCUGCAUACUCCAACCCUAUCUCCAAGACGCCCUCGUUCUCCGCUUUGUGGGCCGCCUAUCUUCGCAGUCGACUUGGAAGACCCGCCACCUGUGCUCUGCUCCGACUCUGUACGCGCAAGAUCGGGAUCAUUUAUGCAACAGCAAGUUGGCAACACUUCGCUGGGCACUAACUCCUCAAGCAUCUCAGAACGACUGGUGACUUCGAACCUUCAGGCUUCCUCUGCCACGUUCGGCACCUUGCCUCAGCUUCCUACUCCGAACUAUGGCUCUCUCAACGAAAUGUCGACCGUUAAUGUUCACUCUCCGUCGUCGCAUUCUGUCUCUGUUUCAUCGGACCGAGGUCUUCGACUCGCCCUGCUACCCGCUCCGCUUGACUCUAUGCUAGCCAUGGAUGAGCUAUCACCUCAAGCAAGCCGGGACCACUUGGACGCGUGCUCGGCCUCGGACGACACAAUUGGACUCGCCAUCAGCCCCUCUGUCGAUCCCGACGAACCCAUGGUAGUCCGUGCAUCGACAGUUAUGGAGAUCCGCGCAUCGCCUGCACGCGCUGCUACGGUAAUGGAAGCCGAGGUGCCAGAAUCUCAUGCGGGUACCCCGGUGAAGCACAAUACGAUGCCAUGGUUGGCUACCAACACCAGCCUGGCUCGCGGCACCGCGUCUACUGCCACGUCGCUCCGCGCCUACGAUCUCUCUCAAGAUACACCCGGACUACCGGUCCCCCCGCCGUCCAUCAGAUCAUCCAUCACUGAGGCCGACCUCGCCGACAUGCACGACCUGAGCCUGACUACGGACUACUUCGAACCUCCCCACCUAUCGCGUCCCCAGCAUCGACGCCCCGACACUUACAGUUACGAGGCCUGGCUUACCAACGUGCCACUUCCCUCAGCGGUAGUCAUCGAUCGGGUGCUCUUGUCGGCGCGUCGAAGCCGAGAAGAGGAAGAGGAAGAGGAGUUCGUGUUCCGGACUCCCGAUGAUGCGGAGAUCAGGGAAGUGGAGGCAUUGAGGUGGACGCCGGAGUCACUCCGCCUACAUCGCGCGGAGGGGACGCAUUUAUCCCGAUCGGCACUCAUUGAAGGGGAGGCACUAGACACGGACGUUGGAGAUCGGUUGGUAGGCUCCCAAGCAUCGGUCGACGCCCGCCACAGCGCUACCAGACCCGAAGUACAGAGGUCGAGCUCUGAUAACAGCGUUUCAAGCAUCCUAAUGGACCUCGAUAUCAGCGCCAUAUCUGCCCUUCUCGAUCGCUCAAGCGGCUCUUUCGUUUCCCCUAGUAAACGAUCGCUCGCACACGAAGCACAAGUUCCCGAAUUAUCCCGUGCUGACGCGUCUUCGACGCAGUCUGUUCGGACGGGUGAGUCGAAGGACAUGGUAUCGACCAGUACCUCAAGACGUGCGGUGGAGAAUAUGACGCCUUCAUUUCGACGCCAUCCCGGGGACGACUCUUGCUGGACGAUUCGGACAUCGGCGCCGUCGUCCCAGGAGUUCGACUCGUCGCUGCUCAACCUCGGGUUCGACCUUUCGUUGGCACUUAGAAGCGUGUCUUCUGACUCCGGGCAGGACGGCGAUGCAUUUGUGGACACAUGGGCGUCCUGA